AUGCAGCAAAGAGACAGGCCGUAUGAAAUAGGUCUAGCAAAUGACGACACUGAUUUAACAGACGAUCAGAUAAAGGAGCUGUUCAAGUCCUUUGUGGACACCUUUCGAAUAGGCGUGGAGUACGUCUAUCGAGAGGAGCUUGCCCAAAACAAGAAUUUGCUGCGGAUUGUGGUUGAGCACAUGAGCACGUUUGAUGCCAGGCUGUUUGAGGGCACGAUGAGCCGGCCCCUGCACUAUCUGGAGCUGUUUCAGGCAGCAAUAAAUGAUCCCGGAAAAAAAGAAAGGCACUUGGAAAUUGUCUCAAACUCCACCGUAACGCCAAUAAGGAAGCUCGACGCCUCGCACAUAAAUAAAAUAUCCACAGUCAGAGGCAUCGUGCUAUCUGUGUCUCCUGCCGCGCCCAAGCCUAUUCUUCUGUACGCAUUUUGCAGAACAUGCCUCCACUCGAGGUUUAUAAAGGACAUUCUCCCGAAGAAGUGCGAGGCCUGCGGGGGCGUGGAGACGUUCAUUUCUUCCCCAGAGAAGAGCAUUUUGCAGGACACGCAGUACAUAAAAAUACAGGAGACAUUUGAAGAUCUUCCCCCAGGCGAGAUCCCGCGGCAUCUUCAGGUGCGGAUAGCAGACGGCCUUGUAGACACUGUCCAGCCAGGCUCUUCUGUCACCAUCACGGGAGUUUAUACGGUGUGCAGCAGGCUGGGGACGCCCUUUCUGCGAGCAACGGGGACUUCAGGGUCUUCCACAGUUGCUGUAGCCCCCAGAGUCCACGCCCCGCUUUCCAGGGAGACUGUCAUCCGAAGCAUUUCCCCGGAAGUUUUCGGGCACGACGACGUAAAACUCGCUUUGGCCUGCGCUCUUUUUGGGGGCGUGCAGAGAACCUUUGAGGACGGAGUGCGCGUCCGAGGAGACGUAAAUGUGCUUCUCCUGGGAGACCCUGGAAUUGCAAAGAGUCAGAUGCUGAAGUUUCUUUCGGGAGUCUCCCCGCGGGGCGUAUACACCUCCGGAAAGGGGGCAAGUGCAGCAGGGCUUACUGCCUCCGUGUGCAGGGACAAAACAGGCGCGUUCCACCUCGAGGGAGGAGCACUUGUUCUUGCAGACGGCGGCCUGUGCUGCAUAGACGAGUUCGACAAAAUGCAGGAGAAGGACAGAGUCGCCAUCCACGAGGCCAUGGAGCAGCAGACAAUUUCAAUUUCGAAGGCCGGAAUUGUCACUUCGCUCCCGUCGCAGUGUGCAGUAGUUGCUGCAGCCAACCCCGUCUUUGGGAGGUACGACGAGAGCAGAGGACCCGCAGAAAACAUAGACUUUGGAGUUACGAUUCUUUCGAGAUUUGACCUUAUUUUUGUCCUGCGAGACACCAUGCAGAGAGACAAAAAGGUCGCUGAGCACGUGAUAAAGCGUCUUGCAGGCGGGCAAACAGGCGGAGUCUCAACAGAGGAACUCCGGGCAUACGUGACUUAUGCGCGCACUAUCCAGCCUGCAAUGGAAGAAGAGGCUUCCCAGCGGCUGCAGGCAUUCUACGUGCAGACUCGGCGCAGAGCAGGCGGAGCUGGCGUGCCGAUUACAGUGCGACAGCUCGAGGCAGUUGCUCGAGUGAGCGAGGCCCUGGCCAGAAUGUGCCUGGAAACGGUCGUAACUGCCUCUCACGUGGAGGAGGCAAUUCGCCUCUUCACAGAGAGCACGGUGAAAGCAGUUUCUAUGGGGCACUGCGUGGAGGGAAUGCCUCGUGCGGAGUGGGCACGUGCGCAUGCAGCAGUUGAGGCUGCGCUUAGAAGCAGCCUUCCCGUCGGAGUAGCACGCCCGUACAAGGCCCUCCUUCGAGAGCUCUGCAGAAACCACAGCGAGGGAGUAGUGACUCGCUGCAUAGACGGGAUGAUACGGAAGGAGAGGCUGUGCGUGGCAAACGGAGGAAAAACCAUCAUAAGAAUGCCGUAG